AGCAGUCCGGUCAGAGACAGCAGAGUGUCGGGAUCUCCAGCAGCUCCGCUACGUAUAUUUUCACUGACCCUUCGUUUCAGAGCUUCAUUCAUCCCAGUGAGAGCUGCUGCUCGGUCUCUGUCCUUCCAUCCAGCUGCACACACCCCCCCUCCCAUCCAGCGGUGCGCUGCGUCCACAUCUGCAUCCGGGAGAUCAGACGCAUCUUCUUUUCUUUUUUUCUAAUCGGCGGACCUGACAACUUUUAUUUUUGUAAAUCCAUCUCCAGAUCAGCGUUGUAUCAUCGGGACACUGUUACUGCAUCCAGCGGACUCUGACACUCCUGUACGGAUGGCUGACCUCGGAGCUCAUUGAUUGGCUCGCCGAGCUUUGCUGAUCGCAGCUGCCGUGAUGGCCAAAAGCCCGGAGGUGAAGCUGGCCAUGUUCGGGAGAGCGGGAGUGGGAAAGUCAGCUUUGGUGGUGAGAUUUCUAACCAGACGCUUCAUCUGGGAGUACGACCCAACACUUGAAUCCACAUAUCGGCAUCAAGCCAACAUUGAUGAUGAGGUUGUUUCCAUGGAGAUUCUGGACACUGCAGGGCAGGAGGAUAUCCAGCAGAGGGAGGGUCACAUGCGUUGGGGGGAUGGAUUCAUCAUAGUCUAUGACAUCACAGACCGGGGAAGCUUUGAGGAUGUGGCACCUCUUCGGAGUCUCCUAGAAGAGGUGAAGAAGCCGAAGAAUGUCCCUCUGGUUCUAGUGGGCAACAAGUCAGACCUGGACCAUGUCCGGCAGGUUGGCACAGAGGAAGGCGAGCGGCUGGCAGCUGAGAUGGCAUGCGCCUUCUAUGAAUGCUCAGCAUGUGCCGAUGAGGGUGGUGCAGUGGCCGAGGCUUUCCACGAGCUCUGCCGCGAGGUGAGGCGCCGGAAGGCCGUGCAGGGCAAGGCCAGGCGCCGCAGCUCCACCACACAUGUCAAACAGGCCAUCAACAAGAUGCUGACAAAGAUCAGCAGCUAGGGAAGACCCACAAAAUCGUCUGAUCACACAAGAACAAAAAUAUAUACAUUUUUGUAAAUGUUUUAAACAAUUAUUGAUUCCAAAAUGGACAAAAUGUGACUGAUUUGAUGGGGAAUGUGUUCUUUGCUUGUUCUAUAAUCAUGUUCCAUCAAAAGAUCCAAAGUGCAGCUUCUCAACAUUGCACUCUCCAAUUGUAAAUGUUUAUUAUUAUUUCUUGCCCAAAUUUGGAGUUCAUUUAAAUCAAAAUUAUACUGGAGACAGAUGAGAUACGAGAUGGUUUGUGAUGAAUCAUUGAUAUUAUGAGGUUCUCAACUUUUAAUCCUCUCAUUUAACUCUUUGAAUAAAUAAAUAUUCAAGAGGGCAGUGUGAAACUUGCAUGCAAACUGUCUCUUUUAGCAUGCAGCAAAUCCAAGCCUUUUCUGACGAGAAGAUUCCUAUCUGUAUUUUGUCUGUAGGGGGAUAUUGUGAUGUGCUUCGGACCAUGUGUUUUUGUCAGCAAUGGAAAAUAAGGUCAGAUAACUACUAUUAGAUUAAAGUAGAUCCACUGUCCUUUACCCACGUCAACUCUCAAUAUUUACCAGAGUUGUCAACAUCCUGUCCUUCAAGCAAACCUUGUAACAAAGUCUACUACAUUCUGUCGACUUCAACUGUUCUGCAGUGGACUGCGGCUCCCUGUGUUGGGCUAAGACAUGUUAACAAGAUCUUUUUCCUCACAGAAAAAAAGCACAGAUUCAAAAACAUGUCGAGGAUCAUGGGAGAACGUUUUCUGCAGUUUUAUCGAAACCUACGAAAAGAAGCAGAUGCCGUCCGUCCUAACAUGGCCACAUUCAAGGGAGGCUCUUCAUGGCUCUAAUGUUAAUACUGUAAACUACAGUACGAAUGAGAUAGAAUAUUGCCUUAAGCACUGCUGUGUCUUAGGUGUGUACAGAACCCAAAGAAAUAUACAGUAGUUCAAACUGUAACUGUUGUAAUAGCUGUCUCAAGUGUGUGACCUGUCUCUGAAAAAAACAACCAGCUGUUCACUUGCAAUUAAAACCAAUAUAUCCCAGA